AAGACGCGCCUUGGCAUCGCGCUCCACAAGCCCCGGGGUUCAGAAAAGCAGACACAUAAGCCUUUAAAUCUCUGCCAAAAGCUGACGUUUCACAAACGGGAGAUUCUGGAAUUGCAGUUCGAAAACCAUUAAAUUACCAAGCUCUCUCCUCCCUUUACAAAAACAAUACUUUCCUUUUUUUCCUUCUUAUUUUUUUAAGUGCCCUCCCCCACCCCCUUUAAUUAUGAAAGUGGCCACUCCGAUCAAGAUUAACACUUGGAAGGACUUUGGAAAAGAAAAGGGAUCUGGAAGAAGAAACACAUCUGGUGCUUCCUAGGACACCUAGUUUUAAGAAGGCACCUAGGAAGACUGCGCUGGGUGUCUAGGUGAGAGCCGGACGCGGGAUUGGCCAGGUCCGCUGGUGCCUUCCUUCUGAGAACCCUUUGGCCUUGACCACCUGAGCCGGCGACCCAGCCAGGAGAAGACUCCCACUCCGGUCCUGCGUGCUCCUGUGUGCACUCGAGCACUCCUCCGGAUUUUGCGGGCCUUGACGUCCUCGGGGCGCCCCCCCAGCCCAGAUGCCCGCGCCUGGCCGGGGCCUCCGAGGGCCACCGCUGAGCAUGCCCGGGCGCCGGGGGGCGCUGCGCCAGCCAGCCAAUUUUGGCACCAGUUUGGGGGCGGCGCUGGCCCUGCUGUUGCUGCUGCUACCCGCCUGCUGCCCGGUGACAGCUCAGAACGACACAGAGCCCAUCGUGCUUGAGGGCAAGUGCCUGGUGGUGUGCGACUCCAGUCCAUCGGGGGACGGCGCCGUCACCUCUUCCUUGGGCAUUUCUGUGCGCUCAGGCAGUGCCAAGGUGGCCUUCUCCGCAACUAGGAGCACCAAUCAUGAGCCGUCUGAGAUGAGCAACCGUACCAUGACCAUCUACUUCGACCAGGUUUUAGUAAACAUCGGCAACCACUUCGACCUUGCCUCCAGUAUAUUCGUAGCACCACGCAAGGGGAUCUACAGCUUCAGCUUCCACGUGGUCAAAGUGUACAAUAGACAAACCAUCCAGGUCAGUUUGAUGCAGAAUGGCUACCCAGUGAUCUCCGCCUUCGCAGGAGACCAGGAUGUUACCAGGGAAGCAGCCAGCAAUGGUGUUCUGUUGCUUAUGGAAAGAGAAGACAAAGUUCAUCUCAAACUGGAGAGAGGAAACCUCAUGGGAGGUUGGAAGUACUCCACAUUCUCGGGCUUCUUGGUUUUUCCUCUAUAGACAUGGAGCCGUCCUGAUGGUGGGAAGGUUUUGAUCUGGACCCAGGGAUCUGUCCUCUGUAACACCUUGAACUUGUCUGAGUAGGAAGGCUUGGGCUGACCUCCAUCAGAUUGUUGCCGUUGAAGGAUGAUUUUCUUCUAAAGCUCCAGUAUUUUCUCUGACUAUUGACAAUUCCUCGGGAACCUGGCCUCUAAUUAGUUUUAGACGACAAGGUCUUAAGGAGAAAUGAAAUUAUCGAUUUGAGCAAUUUGUACCUGUGAUUGUAAAGUCGAUAUCGGAUUUUAUUGUUGGAACCAUUGACUUCCCUUCUAUUGUUUGUACGUUGUAUCCUUGUCCUGAUGACAUAGAUGCUGCUGACCCUCAGAUGGAUUGCACGCUGCAGUCAGGGCUUAAAAACAAGAGCCCAACAAAGAACCACCUACCAGACAGUCCUUGACCUGUGUUCUCUGUGUGUGUAUAGCCUUAAGAAAAAGAAUGGCUUCAUUUUCAUUCUGUAGCUAACCCCUGGGGUUUGGGAGGACUGGGAGGGAACUGGGCAUUGGGGACUUGUCAAAAGUGCUUUAUCCUCAGAAGCAAAUUUUGCACGAUUGGACUGCAACUUUUCUUUUCUGUCGUCAGUAGUUUUCUUUUUUUCCUCUGGAAGCUUUCUUUUCCUUCGUCGGGUUUUUCUCCUCAAACCUACUUAGUUUUUCAUGCUGGGGUCCUGGAGAGAGAAAAACAAAAACUAAAAACAAAAAACCAAAACUUAUGUUCAGUACUUGUAUGAGCUCAAACAAGACAAAAUAAAAUCUGUAUACUUUAUUUUUGAAUGUGAGGAAACCAGGAAAAAAAAAAGAAAGAAAGAAAAAGAAGUCCUUCUUUCCAAGUAAGAACAGCAAAUAGACCAUUCUGCAUAUUCUUCCCUGGAGUCUCUCUCAAAAGUAUCUUCAAACUUGCAACCUGGAUUUUAUUUUAUUUUAAUUAUUUUAAUUUAUACCCUGGGAUCCUUUAAGAGCCUGGCAUUCCUCGUUGGUCAUGAAUCCCUUAAAAGUGGAGCUGAGGUGGCCAAACCCCUCAUUGCUUUCCUGCUUGAUGUGUCUCAGUGGUGACUUAGAUCUGCCUCUGAGUGACCACACAAUGACCAAAUGCUUCAAAGAAAGAGGACCAGCACCUCUUCCUGGAGAUCUUCCUUCGACCUGUCGAGUUGAGGGAUGUUUGACGCUCUGUGGAUGAACACCUGGCCAGAAGCCACCUGGACUGCAAGUCACAGCAGUUGAAGGUACUGACUGCUGUAACCCAUCAGUGGUUUUUCCAACCCUGCUUGAUUUGGCAUCUGGUGCAACACCACUAUUCAGUUGCAGCCGAGAGAACUGGUGCAGUAUGUAUGUGCCAAGGAAAUGUCACUAAUCCCAAAGCAAUCAAAGUUGAGACCUCAAAGUGGAUGUCAGUGUGUCCUUUGUGUAACAAUGUAACCAAAAUAUUGACGAUAAAACUCAUAAUUUAAGAUUCAGAAUAAACGGGUUUGAUGUCUGUCUUGCUCUAGCCCCUCCUCAUCAUCUCUAUCAGAAUGAUGGGGAGGUACAGGAUAAGUACCAAGGAACUGGGCAUGCUCAGUUGAUUCUGUGAUUCUUUCUAAAGGACACACACACAAAUACUGAUGCAGCUGUAGGUCUCCGGGGUGUAUUGGUCACUUAGAUAUAUUCAGUUUAUAUUUAGAUUUUUUUCAAAGAGUAAGAUUUUGGAGGAAAGAGCUAAAAGACAAAAUUAAGGGUUAAGAGGUUACUAGUAAUAUCAGAAAUUCCAAGAUUUGAGAAAGCUCAAUUGUUUUCAACUUGGGUGUGAGGAUGAAUUUAAUGGUCAAAAGGCAAGUGCAGGAGACGCUGCAUAGUGACAGUUGGAUUAAAGUCCUUAACUUCCUGCAUUAAAGAGAAAAUUGAGGUAGGAUGAGAAGCUUCAUUUUAUUAAGAUGAUGUUUUCUUGUGAGGAGGAAAAUCAACCACAAAGCUUUUGGGGUACUCUGUCUCUGGCUUGAAGACAUAUUUCUGAGUGUGAACUGUGUUUAUUGAUGGUGGGAACAUAAACCGGAGGCAGAUGGAGUGUGUGUCCCUUGUGUUUUGUUAUUCGUAGAUAUUUUAAUUCUCUUUCCCUCGUUUCCUUAACUCCAUGCUUAGUUUAAAAUGAGCAAGAAAACCUCAUCUGAAGACAAUAUUACAUUGCAGAGAUUGGAAGAUGUAGGAACCCUUGUUAUUAAUAUUUACACCCUUUAAUAAUACAUAAUGCACAUAUUUCAUUGUAUUUAUAUCUUUAUCGUGUACAGAUUGCCACUGGGUAAUACUGCCUCAUUAAUAAGUUAUUAAAUUAACCAAUAUAAAUGUAUUUCGGGAGUUUAUUUUCUAUUAGAAAACCAGCUUCCUCCUGAUGAUUGUACCCUCAGCCUUCUUUCUUUUUGCACAGUGUGAAUGCCAGAAAGUUCAUUAGUACAUAACCCCCGUGGUGAUGUUCUGAGGUAGCUUACUAUCUAUUGCAUCUGCCUGGGCGAUAGCCCAAUAGAAAUAAUGUAGAUGUAUUAUUUUCUUGAGAAACGGAACUUAGCUAAAUCAAGUUAUAUCAAAUAACAGAAGAGUUAUAAAAUACAUCAAUUAAAAGAAUACCUUUGCUGAAAUUUCAAUUUGCUUGUGACAUCCUUGAGAAUUGUGACACUCCCAGGCUUGUCUCAGAAGAA